GCGCAUCUUGGGGCCUUUGGACGGAGGCGGCAGCGAGGAGGGAGCUCGCCUUCGGAGCCCGGAGGUAGAGGAGCGUCAUGUCAUGGACCUUGGAAUGCUCUCCACUUGGACAAACAAUGUGGUUUUCCAGAGAGUAGAUUUGCAUGUGUGUUCCAAGAACACUAGAUAUUCGGGGAAGGGGUAGAAGGUAUAAAGAGGCGGGCGAGUCGCACUCAAAUGGGGAUAAAAUAACAUAUCUAUCACAGAGCUUUAUACCCCUCCUCUGCUCUCACCACAGUGACAGUGUACAACUACUACCUACCGAAUAGCCCACAAUGCCCACCUACCUCCUAACUCUCGCAACCGGCCAACAAGCCCGGCUAACAGCCAAGCACCUCCUCGCCGCCGGCGCCACAGUGCACGCCGUCGUGCGCGACCCAACCUCCCAGGCCGCCCGCAACCUCGCCAGCGCAGGCGUCAAGCUCUUCAAAGGCAACCUAGACGAGCCAGACGUCUUCCGCAAAGCCGCAGAGGGAUGCACUGGCGUCUUCCUAAACCUCGUCCCGGCCUCCCCACCAACACCCUCAGCCACUUCCACCUCUGACCCCGCAAACACGAACCCGAGCGCGAGCAUCGUCGACUCCGAACGACAGCGCGCAGCCUCCAUCCUCGCCGCGUGCCACGACGCCGGCGUGAAAUACGUCGUCGCCUCCACGGCGAUAUACACCAGCGACCGCCACCUGUGGGAUACGCCCGAGGCGGAGGCGAUCGGGUAUCACUAUUCGCGCUCGAAGGCUGGAAUAGAGGACGCGGUGCGAAGCUCUGGGUUGAGCGGGGGCUGGACGAUCCUGCGCCCGGGGUGGAUUAUGUCAAAUUACCUGGUGCCGGUGUCGCCCUUUGUGUACCCGGAGCUGCCGGUGGAGGGGCUGUUGAAGCAUAGCUAUGACAGCGGGGCGGGGUUUGAGCAUGUGGAUGAAGAGGAUGUGGGGAAGUAUGCGGCGGCGGCGCUGUUGGAGCCGGAAAGGUUUGUCGGGAGAGAGAUUACGCUUGCGAGCGGGUGGUUGAGUGUGGAGGAUGUGGCGGCGGAGAUGAGCAGGGUUAGUGGGCGGGAGGUGAAGGUGUCGAAGCGCACGGCGGAGGAGCAGAAGGAGGCUGUGAGAAAGGGGAAUCUGGCGCUCGAGUUUGAACUUUGGGCGAGUCUGGUUGGGGAUAAAGUGCAUGAAGCGCGCUGGAAGGCGAAGGGGUCAAAGCCGCCGGAGGAGGAGUUUGGGAUCCCGUUGACGGGAUUUGAGGAGUAUCUGCAGCGGGAGAAGGAGGUACUUCUUCGGUCUCUUCCAACCGUGUAGCUAUCGCAUGAUUCCUUAACAGCGGCCGCCCGCAAGGAGCUCUGCAGAAUGUUCCCUGUUCCCCCGGUCCAUAGCCAUAGCUUCCUUUGUCCUAUCUAGACAAGACCGGAUGAAACCGAUAUAUGAACCCAAUAUCAAAAAUAAAAAUAAAAAUAAUAAUAAAAAAUAAUAAAAAAUCUCAUGGUUUCACAUGCGCAAAUGUAAAUUAUUAUUAUUAUUAUUAUUAUUAUUUUUUCC